AUGCAUAGACAUUUGCUGGGAGAACAGAUUUCACCGCACAAUGACCAGUACGAACAAAUAAUAGUUGACCGCAUUGCUUUCACAAUCACGAUUUCGGUGGUAAGUCUUGGUCUCAUCGGUUUCCUACUCUACAAAUACUUUCAAAGAUCAAACGAAUCCUCGGACGAGAAUCCCACCGAGCCAAGACAGUCCAUCAACAGCGAACUCAAGCAGAUUCCUGUCCUCGUAUACGAAGAAUCAACGGCGCUGUCGACGCGGUCGUCUUGUUUCGACACGAAUUUGGAGGACCAAAACUGCGCUAUAUGCUUGGAAGGGUACGUGCAUGGAGACAGGGUGAGGGUGCUGCCGAGGUGUAAGCACAUGUUCCAUAAGAAGUGUACUGAAGAAUGGCUGGAGGUUCCAUCGUUGAAUUGUCCCAUUUGCAGGGAUCAAGUUCUAGAACAUUGUCUACGAUCGGCAAGGUCUAAUAGUUGCAGGAACCAGAGGCAUAAUAUUGGUAAUCCAAAUUCAGUUAUUGGCUUCAUAUGA